GUGCAAGUUCUGCUGAUAUCGUGGGACUACGAAUGAUAUUUUUCCACACGUCUUUGGCCUACUCUUAACUCGAUAUUGAGUAUUGACAUUGCAUUAGAAUUUAAUCCCAAUAUUAACAGGACUUCAUAAGCUGUCCCAUUGAUUCACCAUAAUUAAGAAUGGGUGCAGAGGAAGAGGACAAUCUACCCACUGUGACGGGUUCAUACACAUUCCGUGGCAUGGACUAUGUGGUCAGUAUGUGGUUGGAUGAUGACCAGAACACAGUGACCACUGAGGUUGAAGACAGACUGACUACUGACCAGUGGAGGGGGACAUUUGAUGCUGCUUAUAUUGAAGACUUGACCCACAAGACUGGCAACUUCAAGCAGUUCUCAAUAUUCACCAGUAUGUUGGAGUCUGCCAUCAAGAAGUCAAGUGACUCAGUGACCCUUGACCUGUUGACCUAUUCUGACCUGGAGACACUGAGGAGCAGGAAAGCGGGUGUGACAAGAAGCAAUAUACCAGGAGCUCAGAAGGCUGCUCUGAGUGCCAAGCGGUAUCUGAUUGUUACAUAUACAGUGGAGUUUGACAGGAUACACUAUCCAUUACCCCUGCCUUACCAAGGCAAGCCAGACCCUGUAGCUCUACAAGAUACAGUCAGAGAACUCAAGAAGGAAAUAAGAAAAAUGCAGUCACAGGUGCAUUCAGAUUUCAGGAGUAACGAGCUUCAGAGACUGAAAAAAGAUUAUGAAGAUCUCCUAAAAGAGAAACAGAACCUUGACGAUGAGUUCUUACAGUACCGGCGAGAGGUCAAGAACACGUCCAAAGGAACUGCAGUUAAAGAGGUCCGCAUCUUGAAGACUGUGGUCAGAAACCUUGAGGAGGAAUUGAUGAAUGAGAGAAGGAAGUUUCAACGGUCGUCAAGUAAAAGGAAUCAAGACUAUAAGAAUCUUAUGGAGGAGGUAGAGGAGUUACGUGCCAGUGAGAGAAAUCUGAGGGUACGGGUCAAGAGUCUGAUCAACGAACUUGCCGUCAUUAAAAGCUCAUCACGACGAGUUAGUAGGUCCCCCUCUUUACCACUUCCCGUCUCCCAGCGGUCCACCUCCAGACGUUCCAUAUCCACCCAGGAGAGGGCUCGCUUGGCCAACGCCAGAGAUGCAAGUCGGGAGAGGGCUAGAAUGGUCAGCAGGGAGCGGUCAACUUCAAGAGAUCGGAGGAGGCCUCCAUCUGUCUCCUCAGUCGGGAGCCGGUCACCAUCACCUGCAGGUGCAAGAGUUCCCCGAUUUGACCCCACAGCGUACACACAGGAGAAGAAACGGAGGCAAGAUGAAGCCAAAACAAGGAGGGAGAGAAGGAGAAGUCGAACAUUAUCAUCUGGGUCACAGCCACCUCGUUCCCAGGAGAGAGGAAGACCGAGAACAAGGCCAUCACCAUCUUACCCAGCUUACUCAAGACCUCGGUCCAGGAGUAACUCAUCAGUUGGAAGUCGCGGCAGUCGAGUCUCAACGAGUGGAUUGAGUGACAUCGAUGUUCUCUCCGAUUCCUCACAGAAGAGAAAAAGAGUACUUAACAAUGUAAGAAAGCAACGCAGGACUGCGUCUACUGCCUGGGAUAACCCAACAAUACCAUACAGGAGAGCUGCACCAGCAGGCAAGCCCAAAAGGAUGAUGAGUACGCCUGAUCCACUCCAUGAUCCUGACAGAGCCCAACGAGUAACUAAUCAAGCUAAGAUCAGGCAAAAGGAUCUAUACGACUAUGGAGUAGACAGAGAUCAAUCCAUGUACAACCGCUCAUCAGAAAUGACUGAGAUUGACGCUCGUCUCAACGCACUUCAGAAGUUCAUGAGUAACAUCCCCCAGUGAUCAGCCUAUGAGUCGUAGCGCAGUUUGUAUCUUGCUAUCUGGACUGGUUUCUGCAAAAAGUUCAUCUCUCAGGUGGUUAUGUCCCAGAGAUUCGGUUUUCGAAAAAUAAAGAUUGUGAUGGUCUUACUAUAGUACACUGACACAGUGAGUGGGGUGGCGUGGCAGAGCACAGUCUACGGGGAUGAACCCAGGUUCUGUAAUUUACAGAAUGCAAGUUCGAAUCCUGGCCUGUCAGUCGCGACACUUAUGUUCUUUAGCAAGGCACUUUAUCAUAAUUGCUUCUCUUCAUCCAGAAGUACAAAUAAGCCUUUUUGGGUAUGGCGGACGUGAUACGCGCGCGUCACACGCUGCGACU